UGUUUGCACAAAUGGCAUGAGGGAACGGGCAAUAUUAUUGAUAAUGAGGAGGCGAUGAUUGAUCGAGGCCCCGGUUCCCUCGAGAAACUAGAGAAGCCCUCACAUUGAUCAAUAGGGCGUGUGUUCGAAAGAGGAAAACAGUCUUGAGUGGGCUUGGGAGUGUGUGGUGUGGUACCAAACUAUUCGCCGCUUUUGCCAUCCGCUGUCGGCGAAGAAGAAAAUCCAAAAGUCAUUGCAAUUGAUUGGGUUGACUCAUUGCGCAUAUCUUAAAUACACCUCAAUUGCAACGGUCUGUUCUUCUUUUCCAACUUUUCCCUGCUUAUCCUUCUCAGUCUCUCUCCCGGCUCAUUUCUGGUGUGCGAGAGUUCUCUCUUCCCUCAAUCUUUCCUCUUCACUCUCUCUCUCUCUUUCUCUCUCCCUCUCCUUUACUCUCCAUUUCCCCCACUGCGGAUCUCACCCGCUACCAUGCCGAUGCUCAAAGAUCCCUCGAAGAAGUAUAAGCGGUUUAAGCCGCUGCAUCUCCCCGAUCGCCAAUGGCCAAACAAAGUCAUUGAAAAGGCCCCCCGGUGGCUGGCCACUGAUCUCAGAGAUGGUAACCAGAGCUUGCCUGAUCCAAUGGAUGGCGAACAAAAAUUCCGUUUCUUCAAGAUGCUCGUCGAUAUUGGCUACAAGGAAAUCGAAGUCUCGUUCCCCUCUGCCUCACAAACCGACUUCGACUUCACACGGCGUCUGGUGGAGACUCCUGGUGUCGUUCCCGAUGAUGUCUGGCUCCAGGUCCUGUCCCCCUGCCGUGAAGACCUCAUCCGCCGCACGGUGGAUUCUCUGAAGGGCGCAAAGAAGGCGAUCUUGCACAUCUACCUGGCCACAAGUCCAUGCUUCCGUCGGAUCGUCUUCAACAUGGACAAGCAGAAGAGUCUGGAAAUGGCCGUCCGUUGCACUAAGUUCGCACGUUCUAUCACCAAGGAUGACCCCUCGAAUGCUGGUACCGAGUGGCACUUCGAGUUCUCCCCCGAAACCUUCUCUGACACCGAGCCCGAGUUCGCUGCGCAGGUCUGUGAAGCCGUCAAGGAGGCUUGGGGCCCUACAAAGGAGGCUCCUAUUAUCUUUAACCUGCCGGCGACAGUAGAAAUGUCGACCCCCAACGUUUUCGCCGACCAGAUUGAGUUCUUCUGCCGUCAUGUCACGGAACGAGAGAAGUAUGUCGUCUCCAUUCAUCCGCAUAACGACCGUGGCUGUGCCAUUGCGGCCGCUGAGCUGGCUCAGAUGGCUGGCGCGCAGCGUGUGGAAGGUACUCUGUUCGGAAACGGUGAAAGAACGGGCAACGUUGACCUGGUCACCCUGGCUCUCAAUCUCUAUACACAGGGCAUUACCCCCAAUGUCGACUUCUCGGACAUCAAUGCAGUCAUCAAGGUUGUCGAAGAAAGCAAUAAGAUCCCCGUCAACGAGCGGUGGCCUUACGGCGGCCAGCUGGUCGUUUGCGCUUUCAGUGGCAGUCACCAGGACGCUAUCAAGAAGGGCUUCAAGCUUCGUGACGAGGCUACGGCAGCGACAACUGAAGAGGUUGAAUGGGAAAUCCCAUAUCUUCCUUUGGAUCCUCAAGAUAUUGGACGAACAUACGAGGCUGUUAUUCGUGUCAACUCUCAGAGCGGCAAGGGUGGUGCUGCCUGGGUUAUCUUGCGUAGCUUGGAGCUGGAUCUCCCGCGCGCUUUGCAGGUCGAGUUCAGCAAGAUUGUUCAGAAGCGAUCGGAAGAGGUCAGCCGGGAGCUGCGGGCAAGCGAGAUCGUCGGCCUCUUCGAGGAAGCGUACCAUCUCAAGUCCAACCCCCGAUUCAACCUGGUCGACUACAACAUCACCACGGAUCGUUCAACAUCCCCGGCGCCGCCCGAGCCUGGUAAAGCGCUCAACACCAAGAACCUCAAGCGUCGCUUCACAGGUAUCGUUGAGAUCGAUGGCGUGCAGCACGCUAUCACCGGCGUUGGUCCCGGUGCUAUCUCCUCUUUGGCCGGCGCCCUGUCUACCCUCGGCAUCGAUCUCGACGUUGUCGACUACAAGGAGCACUCCAUUGGUUUGGGUAGAGAUGUGAAGGCCGCAACAUACAUCCAAUGUACUGCGGCCGGUAGCAAGGAGCAGGUCUGGGGUGUCGGUAUUCAUCAAGAUGUUGUCCAGGCCAGUUUGAUCGCUUUGCUCAGUGCUGCUAGCUCGUUCCUCACUAGCCGAGCCGGUUCUCCUGCUCCAUUCCGCCCUCUGCGCUCCAACACCCUCACUAACGAGGAUCUGCAAGCCCUGGAGAACCUCACCGGCUCCAGUGAUGUCACGGAGAAUCUGGUUAGGUUUGCCAACGGUGGUAAUAAGCCCAAGGUUGAUAUUGAUGCCCUGACGAGACAGGCGGAAAGCCAGUAAAUGUUGAGAUUUCUGUAUUCUACGACCCAUUUUCUUUCUUCCAUUUUUGUUCAUGCUUUGGGGAUGCGGCUUUUUGGUUUUUCAAGCUGUAGUAGGAGAAAAGCAAGUUUUUAGAAAAGCAUCUGUGUAUGUACAGAAUGACCUGGUACGAAGUUAAUAUAAUUGAAUAUUCCCACUA